AUGGUAUUAUCCAACGUUCUAACAAACUUGGUUCGUUCAAAACCAGUUUUAAAUUCUGCAAAAAAAAAUGGGGUUCUUUUCUUAAAGACCACUCUAUUAUCAAGGACAACCCCAAUAAAUUAUUCCAUGAGAUCUGCCUCUACCUUCAAUAGGACUAAGCCUCAUGUUAACAUCGGUACAAUUGGUCAUGUCGACCAUGGUAAAACCACCUUGACUGCUGCUAUUACAAAAACAUUAGCUAAGACUGGUGGUGCUGAUUUCUUAGAUUACGCUUCUAUUGAUAAAGCCCCUGAAGAAAGAGCUCGUGGUAUCACUAUUUCUACUGCCCAUGUUGAAUACGAAACUGCAAAGAGACAUUACUCCCACGUCGACUGUCCAGGCCAUGCCGAUUAUAUUAAGAAUAUGAUCACUGGUGCUGCCCAAAUGGAUGGUGCCAUUAUUGUCGUUGCUGCAACAGAUGGUCAAAUGCCACAAACUAGAGAACAUUUGUUAUUAGCUAGACAAGUCGGUGUUCAAAAGAUCGUUGUUUUCGUCAACAAGGUUGAUACUAUUGACGAUCCAGAAAUGUUAGAGUUAGUUGAAAUGGAAAUGAGAGAACUAUUGACCCAGUAUGGUUUCGAUGGUGACAAUGCUCCAAUUAUUAUGGGCUCUGCUUUGUGUGCUCUGGAAGAUAGAAAUCCAGAGAUUGGUGAAAAGGCUAUUUUGAAACUUUUGGACGCUAUUGACGAAUAUAUCCCUACCCCAGAAAGAGACUUAGACAAACCUUUCUUGAUGCCUGUAGAAGACAUUUUCUCUAUCUCUGGUAGAGGUACUGUCGUCACCGGUAGAGUUGAAAGAGGCCAUUUAAAGAAAGGUGAAGAAGUAGAAAUUGUGGGUCACAACAAAACUCCAUUGAAAACUACUGUCACUGGCAUUGAGAUGUUUAGAAAGGAAUUGGAUGAAGCCAUGGCUGGUGAUAACGCUGGUUUAUUAUUAAGAGGUAUCAGAAGAGACCAAAUAAAGAGAGGUAUGAUCUUGGCCAAGCCAGGUACUGUUAAAGCCCACACCAAAAUGUUAGCAUCUCUUUACAUUCUAUCUAAGGAUGAAGGUGGUAGACACUCUGGUUUUGGUGAAAACUACAGACCACAAUUAUACAUCAGAACUGCCGAUGUCACCGGUGUCUUAAGAUUCCCAUCUGAAAUUGAAGAUCACUCCAAGCAAGUUAUGCCAGGUGACAAUGUCGAAAUGGAAAUUGAAUUAAUUCACCCAACUCCAAUGGAAGUUGGCCAACGUUUCAACAUUAGAGAAGGUGGUAAGACUGUUGGUACCGGCUUAGUCACUAGAAUUCUUGAAUAA